AUGAAUUGUUUAAACUCCUAGGAAAAGACUUGAAUUUUCAAAUGAGCAAAUUUCGCAGAAUCAACAGGUUGCAUAGAAGAUUUUCCGCGUUUCAGUAGGACAUUUGCAUUGGAAAUUAUUUUUCAGCUAGACUUUGUCAAUAAGUGAUUAAACUGAAACAGUGUGUGUUUUUUCACUGAAUGUGCUCAAAAAUGGAUGAUUCUGGUGAAAAACGACAACCUGUUAGCUCAUCCAAUAGACGUGUAGAAUAACAAGCCGUUGAUGGAAAAACGCAGACGACAAAGAAUCAACGAUUGUCUUGUGCAGUUAAAGUCGCUUGUGUUGCAGGCGAUGAAUAAAGAUACGACACAGUAUUCCAAGCUGGAGAAAGCGGACAUUCUGGAAAUGACCGUGAAACACCUCAAGCUGGUCCAGAGACAACAAAUGACCGCGGCCAUGACCACGGAUCCUAACGCUAUCAGCAAGUAUCGGGCGGGCUUUAACGAGUGUGCGGCGGAAAUCGCCCGGUACCUCGACAAUGUUAACGGCGGGAAUCCGGACCUCAAGUCUCGUGUAAUGAACUACCUCGGUAGCAGCAUGCUACAGUUUCCUGUGAUACCCGUCUACCAAGGUGUUCCGUAUCACAUGCAGAUGACGUCACAGGGAGUGACGUCACAAGGAUUCCCUCAUCAGUCGUUUACUCCAUUAUCUAUACCAGUGGCAACGAACACCUCCUUUUCACAGCAUUACCAGCAAAGUGAACAACUUGCUCAAUCUUCAACAGUGCGUAACGUUAACGUCAAGUCACAACCAUUGCUUAUCAGUCCUAUCAAAAUUGAACCAUCACAGAAUGAUGUCACAGCGUGUUCUUCACACAUGACGUCACCGAUUGCACGAGUUUCUUCCCCUUGUGAUUCAGACAGUGGACUUAGUGAUAGUUCGACAUCAUUCUCACAUGACGAAAACGGCAACUACUCGCAUUUUAACGUCAAUAACCAAAGGCCGGAAUUUGAAAGCAGGCUCCAACAAAGACCGGGUCCUCGUUCGGAGUUCCCGCACCAUGUUUCAAACGAACGCCGUUCUAGUCCAAAACGUAAACUAGACGACGCUGCCGGAGACGGUCAACGUAAACGUCAAAACGUGAAUUCCUCGAACUUUGAUUUACGGCAGGGACGUGACAAUAUGGUAGACGAGUCUAUGUGGCGACCGUGGUGAUUUUUGUGCGACCAUAACUUCAAAAAAAAAUCUACAAAUCAUAAAAACUGUUACACGAUGGCGCCAAUUUGCCAUUUUGGAGAUGAUGUGUAUUAGGGACAUUUUUACGAUUGUUGUCGUAACAGUUACAUUUAUAGUAUAACUUAUGGACUGUUUAGUUUAUAGUAUUCUUGCUGGAUGUGUGAAAUGAAUAUACAUGAGUUGACGGAAGUGCCUACCACUGUUCUAAAACGGAAGUUAACUCCGGAUUGUUUUUGUUCUGUGUUUUUUUUGUAAUCUCAUUUCAUGUUUCUGUUUAAAAUGUUAAUUGUUUGUUUUUGUUGAAAUGUUUAUGACAAGAUCUAGUGCUUCCUGAAAAAUAAAUGUUAUUUAAUUAUU